AUCCUUGUCGAAGGUAGUAAAAUUUGACUCUUUUUCUCUCUGUUUCUUUGAAUAAUAUAAAACUUUAGAAGCUGAGGAGUUUCUUCAUCAUUCUUCACUUGGAUUGAGUUUAAACCUUAGCUGAGUUUUAUAGCACACCCAUCAUCCUAGAAAGCUUUUUCAAUCAUGGGUUCAUUUGAUUACUCUAUGCUAAGCUUAACCAACUUAUUCUUUCAUGGCCCUGUGAGCUCUGCUGCUCACUUCCUCCUUGAACCCAUUUUAGCUCACGGCCUGUCUGGUUUGGUUCACUUGGUUUUGUUGCUUGUUUUUUGCUUCUUAUGGGUGUGCUUAAAGUUGAAGGCAGGUUGUGGGCAACGUCAAACAGAGACGGGGUGUUUGUACGUUAAGGGAACUUUCAUGUGUUGCCUCGUUAUUUCUGUUUUCAAUCUUGUUUUCUUUUCUCUUGAUUGCUUCUACUGGUAUAGAAAUGGUUGGUCUGAGGAAUCUCUGGUGACCCUUUUGGAUUUUGGGUUGAAAGCACUUGCAUGGGGUACAGUUUCCUUUUGCUUACAUUCUCAAGUUUCCAAAAUUGGAAAGUUGAAGUUUACAAUUCAUUUGAGAGUCUGGUGGGUUUCUUACUUUGCUGUUUCUUGUUACUGUCUUACUGUGGAUUCGGUUCAUUAUAGCCAAACUCAUUCCUUGCCCGUUAGAUACUUGGUUUCUGAUGUUAUAUCGGUUGUCUCUGGUUUGCUGAUCAUAUAUGUUGGGUUCUUUGGGAAGAGUGUGAGUGGGCAAGACCCUCUUGAAGAACACCUUUUAAAUGGUGAAACAAGGUACACUACUCUCAGUAAUGGCAGUGUCGAGCUGAAGAACUGCAAAGGAGAAGAAACUGUGACCCCUUACGAGACUGCUGGAAUUUUGAGUAUCCUUUCAUUCUCUUGGAUGGGUCCUCUGAUUGCAACUGGAAAGAAAAAGGCAUUGGAUCUCGAGGAUAUUCCUCAACUUGCAAGCCGUGAUGCUGUUUCUGGGAUCUUUCAGAUUCUGAGAAACAAGCUCGAGUCUGAGUGUGGAACAAUCAACAGAGUCACCACUCUUUCUUUGGCCAAGUGUCUACUCUACACGGCUUGGAAAGAGAUACUUUUAACUGCUUUGUUCGCCUUCAUUUACACAUUGGCUACAUAUGUUGGCCCCUAUCUUAUUGACACUUUUGUUCAAUAUCUCAACGGUCACCGAGAUUUUGAAAAUGAAGGCUAUGUUUUAGCCUGUGUAUUUUUCCUGGCAAAACUCGUAGAGUGUCUUGCAAUGAGGCAUUGGUUCUUUAGGGUGCAACAAGUUGGAAUAAGGGUUAGAGCUGCAUUGGUUGCCAUGAUCUACAACAAGGGCCUGACCCUUUCUUGCCAGUCAAGACAACAGCACACAAGUGGGGAGAUCAUCAACUUCAUGACUGUAGAUGCCGAGAGGGUUGGUGACUUCAGUUGGUAUAUGCAUGAUGUUUGGCUGGUGGUUUUUCAAGUUGGACUGGCCCUGUUGGUUUUGUAUAAAAAUCUUGGUCUUGCUUCAAUUUCAGCUUUUGUUGCAACUAUAGCUAUUAUGUUGAUAAAUAUCCCAUUGGGAAAGUUGCAGGAGAAGUUUCAGGACAAGAUAAUGGAGUCAAAAGACAAAAGGAUGAAGGCGACAUCUGAAAUCUUGAGAAAUAUGAGGAUUCUUAAGCUUCAGGGAUGGGAGAUGAAGUUUCUAUCUAAGAUAUCAGAACUUAGGAAUAUUGAGGCAGGAUGGUUGAAGAAGUUCCUUUAUACAUUGUCAGUUACAACAUUUGUGUUUUGGGGUGCCCCAACAUUUGUAUCUGUAAUCACUUUUGGGACAUGUAUGCUUGUGGGGAUCCCAUUAGAGUCUGGCAAAGUAUUAUCUGCGCUUGCAACAUUUAGGAUUCUUCAAGAACCAAUCUAUAAUCUUCCUGACACAAUCUCUAUGGUGGUUCAAACAAAAGUUUCGCUUGAUAGAAUAGUGGCGUUCCUUCGUCUUGAUGACUUGCAGGCUGAUAUUAUAGAGAGGCUUCCAAGGGGUAGUUCUACUACAGCAGUUGAGAUAGUGAAUGGAAACUUUUCUUGGGAUUCAUCUUCUUCAAACCUGACAUUGCGAGAUAUUAAUUUCAAAGUCGAACGCGGCAUGCGAGUUGCUGUUUGUGGUACGGUAGGCUCAGGGAAGUCCAGCUUGCUAUCUUGUAUCCUGGGUGAAGUACCUAAAAUAUCAGGGAACCUGAGAGUGUGUGGUAGUAAGGCCUAUGUAGCUCAAUCACCAUGGAUACAGAGUGGAAAGAUUGAGGACAACAUACUCUUUUCCAAAGAGAUGGACAGAGAAAGGUACAAAAGAGUUCUUGAAGCAUGUUGUCUAGAAAAGGACCUUGAAAUUCUUGCAUUUGGUGACCAGACGGUAAUAGGAGAAAGAGGAAUCAAUUUAAGUGGUGGACAGAAGCAAAGAAUUCAAAUUGCUCGUGCCUUGUACCAAGAUGUUGAUAUUUACUUGUUUGAUGAUCCAUUCAGUGCGGUUGAUGCUCAUACAGGUUCUCACCUCUUCAAGGAAUGUCUCCUUGGUGUUUUGAGUUCAAAAACAGUUAUUUAUGUUACUCAUCAAGUUGAAUUUUUGCCAGCAGCUGAUCUUAUCUUGGUCAUGAAAGAUGGAAGAAUCACACAAGCUGGAAAAUACGAAGAAAUUCUUCGCUCUGGAACCGACUUUAUGGCACUUGUUGGUGCACACGAGGAAGCAUUAUCAGCCAUUAAUUCUGUGGAAGGAGAUUCUUCUAAAAAAUCUACUAGUAAGGAAGACGAAUCUGUGAUUAGUACUAAUGGAAUUACACAUGAGGAUGAUAAAUCAGAUAUACAAGAUGGGAAGGCAGUUGAUGCCUCUAAGUCAAAAGGACAGCUUGUACAGGAAGAAGAGAGAGAGAAAGGAAAAGUUGGAUUUCCAGUUUACUGGAAAUAUAUCAAGUCUGCUUAUGGUGGAGCUCUCGUGCCCAUUAUAUUGUUUGGUCAGGCUCUCUUUCAAAUUCUUCAAAUUGGAAGCAAUUAUUGGAUGGCAUGGGCUACUCCUGUUUCAGAGGAUAUGGAACCCCCUGUCUCUACCUCUCGAUUGAUUAUUGUCUACGUUGCUUUGUCUGUUGGAAGCUCCUUGUGUGUCCUCUUGAGGUCAGCUCUUCUCGUUACAGCUGGUUUUAAAGCAGCAACUGAACUUUUCGUUAAAAUGCAUACAAGCAUCUUUCGUGCUCCCAUGUCAUUCUUCGAUGCUACUCCAAGUGGAAGAAUUCUCAAUAGAGCCUCCACAGACCAAAGUACCCUUGAUAUGGAUAUACCAUUUCGAGUUGGGGCCUUUUGCUUCAAUGUUAUUCAGCUUGUAGGAAUUAUAGCAGUAAUGUCUCAAGUUGCAUGGCAAGUUUUCAUUAUCUUUAUCCCUGUGAUGGCUUUGUGCAUUUGGUAUGAGCAAUAUUAUAUUCCAUCGGCACGAGAAUUAUCACGGCUGAUUGGAGUAUGCAAAGCUCCAGUGAUCCAACUAUUCUCUGAAACAAUUUCUGGAUCAACAACUAUUAGGAGCUUUGAUCAAGAGUCGAGAUUCCAAGACACCAAUAUGAAACUGACUGAUGCAUACUCUCGACCCAAGUUCCACACAGCAGCGGCAAUGGAAUGGCUUUGUUUCCGUCUUGAUCUAUUGUCCUCCAUUACAUUUGCUUCCUCUUUAAUCUUUUUGAUAUCUAUCCCUGUGGGAGUCAUUGAUCCAGGCAUUGCCGGCUUGUCUGUAACCUAUGGACUUAACCUCAAUAUGUUGCAAGCUUGGCUAAUAUGGAACCUUUGCAAUAUGGAGAACAAAAUCAUAUCAGUUGAGAGAAUAUUUCAAUAUACUUCUAUCCCUAGUGAGCCACCUCUAAUUAUCGAAGAAAAUCGUCCAGAUCAAAGUUGGCCAGCAUUUGGAGAAAUUGAACUUCAUAAUCUGCAGGUUCGUUAUGCGCCACAACUACCUCUUGUGUUGCGAGGUGUUACAUGUACUUUUCCAGGUGGAAAGAAAACUGGCAUUGUUGGGAGAACAGGAAGUGGCAAAUCAACUCUAAUACAAACACUUUUCCGGAUAGUCGAUCCUGUAGCUGGUCAUAUUGUGGUUGAUAAUGUCAACAUAACAACAAUUGGUCUUCAUGAUUUGCGGUCCAAACUCAGUAUCAUCCCUCAGGAUCCUACUAUGUUUGAAGGCACCGUGCGGAGCAAUCUUGAUCCCCUUGAAGAAUACGCAGAUGAAGACAUUUGGGAGGCACUGGAUAAAUGCCAACUUGGAGAUGAAGUGAGAAAGAAGGAAGGAAAGCUGGAUUCAACAGUCAGUGAGAAUGGAGAAAAUUGGAGCAUGGGUCAGAGGCAACUCGUUUGCCUUGGUCGUGUGCUACUCAAGAAGAGUAAAGUGUUGGUCCUUGACGAAGCCACUGCAUCGGUUGAUACAGCUACAGAUAAUUUGAUUCAACAGACUCUACGGCAACACUUUUCCGACUGUACAGUCAUAACGAUUGCACAUCGGAUAACUUCAGUGCUUAGCAGUGAUAUGGUUUUGCUUUUAAGUCAUGGACUCAUUGAGGAGUAUGACAUUCCAACAAGAUUGCUCGAAGACAAGACGUCCUCAUUCUCUCAGCUAGUUGCAGAGUACACACAGAGAUCGGGUUCUCGAUAAAUCGUUCGAACAAUAACUAGUCGUUGAUGAUGGCGAAAAUUGAAGCUCUCUCUGGAAGAGAUGUUGGAUUUGGAGGAGUUUUUGAAAUUUGAAUACAUAUAGGAAUAACUUGUAGAGCAAGCAUCUUGCCUUUUACUAAUUUGCCUCUUGCAAAUUUCGGAACUUGAACUUGCUAGAAGUUUUAACCUUAAACAAAAUUUCCAAGUGGCUUUGUUUA